GAUAGCCAGAUUAUGCGUGCCUUUAUCAAUUCAAUUAGACAGACUAAUCAAUGAUGAUGUCUAACAUUCUUCUGUCUAAGCCUGGGUGCCAUCGAUCAAGUAACAACAGUAAAAUUAUGAUGAUAAGUUACUUAUGUCACUAUUACCCUUCUUCCACCAUUGCAAUGCCCCAGUGCAGGGGUGUGCAAUUGUUUUAGCUCCAGGACCACUUUGUGGAAGUGGAUGUUAGCGAAGGACCACACCUUUUAAAAUGAUUGCAUUCAUUAACUUUGCAUUCCAGAAAGGUAUAAAUUGUACCAUAAAAUCAAUAAAUAUGAAUUAAAUAAAAUAGUGGCAAUUUUAUUGGAAAUCUCGGUUCAAGGCGGAUUUUUCUGUCUUGGGAGGCCCCACGUGGCCAUCCCUGCCCCAGUGCUAUUACCAACGUUUAAAUAAUAGCAGAAAUGGAACAGCAGCAGAGUCAUUGUUCCUGAGUAAGAGCUGGAUAAGAAGGAAAGAAACAAUGAUGUCUUUUGAUAGCAGACAGCAUGGCACCAACCCUACACCCAUAAAGGAAUAAAUAUCUGCAAUUAGCUGAUUCAAUGCGCAGAAGAUAACAAUGGCGUUAACAAGAACAACAUCAGAAUAUUCUUUUCUCUAAACGAUAACGAAAUUACCGUACUGAUAAAUGGAUAAUUGUCUGCUCGUCCGAGCAGCGUUGAUAAUACGAAAGUUGUAGAAUUCCGUGUCCGAUAAACGAUACGCCACGACCGCCGAGGGAAUUAUCGAACGUCCAAGCGAAAGUUUCAGUUACCCUCUCGCGAACUUUAUCCGAUGCGACGAGAAUUGCUCGUGUCAGCCUGGGAAGCAUCUCUCUCGGCUGUUAGGAACAUUUUUCUCGUCCCCGUGGCGUCGCGAAUAAAAAUCCAUCGACGCCUGAACGCGUGCACGUCUCGUUCGUUUGAUCUUCCAUUUAACGCCAGCGAGCAGAACGCAGCUGGUUCCACUUCGUGUAUCGGCAAUUUUUCUUCCGACAUGUGACUCGCACGAGAACGUCGUUAGUUUGCAUGCUGUAAACUCUACAGCAGGGGUGAGCAAUCUUUUUUUACAACAGGCCAGUUAUUAUUGAAAUUGAAAAAUGUUGUGCGGGUCGCAUGUGAGGAACAUGUGUGAUGGAAUUUGCACUUGUGUGAUCAUUAGCACUUAAAAAUAUGAACAUUUCAAGGUCCCAUAACUUUUGAACCCGUUGCCAAUGGCACUCAAAAAUUGCACUAUAAAACGAUAAUACAAACGCUGAAUGAUGAACUGAAUUUUUGGAAAUGAUGGCACCAGUGCCUAUCUAUGAUGUCGACGUCAUUUCCAAAAAUUAAGUUAACAUGCCUAGGGUAAAAUAAGGCUGUGGGACACUAGGAAUUUUGAAAAGUAAAAAUGUAAAAUCUUUGAAGGACUCCAUGAGAAAGUUUCUUCCGACAUGUGACUCGCACGAGAACGUCGUUAGUUUGCAUGCUGUAAACUCUACAGCAGGGAUGAGCAAUCUUUUUUUACAACAGGCCAGUUAUUAUUGAAAUUGAAAAAUGUUGUGCGGGUCGCAUGUGAGGAACAUGUGUGAUGGAAUUUGCACUUGUGUGAUCAUUAGCACUUAAAAAUAUGAACAUUUCAAAGUCCCAUAACUUUUGAACCCGUUGCCAAUGGCACUCAAAAAUUGCACUAUAAAACGAUAAUACAAACGCUGAAUGAUGAACUGAAUUUUUGGAAAUGAUGGCACCAGUGCCUAUCUAUGAUGUCGACGUCAUUUCCAAAAAUUAAGUUAACAUGCCUAGGGUAAAAUAAGGCUGUGGGACACUAGGAAUUUUGAAAAGUAAAAAUGUAAAAUCUUUGAAGGACUCCAUGAGAAAGUGUGCUUUAUGUAUAUGUUAUAUUAAGUGUACAAAUUAAUUCGGUGCCUUUUCUUCUUUUUAAUUAAUAUUGUAACUAUAAUUAUUGAAUUUAUUGUUAUCGGUAUCAUAUUCUCGCGCCAUUUUUCAAAUUCGCAAAAGCGCGGGAAAAUAUUCGAAUUUAAAAUAGUAACUGAGAAAGUGUAAUAAUCAAUUUCCAAGUAGAGAUAAGGGUUUCAAACGGUUUCUAUCUCUUUGCUUCCUUUUUUAAUACGAUUGCCAAGUCAUCCCUCAAUAUUUGAAAGGGCUCGACCUUUCGUGUUGUGAUUCGAUCGAGGUGGAGAUAAAUCGUGGCCGAAACGUGCAGAGUCCAUUAUCACCGUUAUCACUAGCCCGCGGUAAUAUCGUUAUCAUCAAUCACCAAAUACUUGCACGUGCUCCACCACUCUUAUGUUUCGAGUGGUUCGUCGAACGCUUCAAAGAUAAUUCUUUCAGUGGUCGCUUUCAACCCUUCAUCUUUCUCUCUCUGAUAAUACCCUCCCUUCGUUUCAUUAAUUCACCUGCUGUAUGGAAUUUUCCCUAUCAAAUGAUAGAAUGUAAAGCUGUUCCAGAGGGAAAGAGAGAACCGAACGUAAAUUUUGUUUAUUCGCACUCAGGUUAAUUGAAAAUUUUCUUUGGAAUGAACAGUGGAAUUUUUGUUAUCUAACAGAGUUCUUAAUUAAAAAUGGAAAGGAUACAGGAUCCAAUGAACAAAUUGGCAAUCGCUUUGAUCACCAGAGGCCAGAAACUUUGGUAAAAGGAAAUUUGCACCACAAACAUUUCUCUGUUGAGAGCAACAUCUAUUCAAAGGAACAAGAGCAGAGUUCCUGUAAAACCUCCACCCUUCCCAUACUCGUUAGGAAACAUCAGAGCCCCAUCCAUUUGCCAUCGAUCGAACUUGGAGGCAGCUUUAUUGCACAGCCGGGACGUCGUCGCUAUUUUUCAUCCCGCGGCCAGAAUCGGCGGAAAAGCAACAGUUGGCGGAUCGCCGGAGGAAGGAAGAUAGCAGCAGCGAGCGAGACGACGGUAGAAGUGGAUGCGAUCGGGGGGAAAAGGAUGCAAUGUGAAAAGAGAGAGAGUUGGAAAUCGGACAUGCGUAAGAUCCGACGAUAUAGAGUACCGGGACAAGGCAGUCGCGCUUAAACGGCGCCCGGUGUCGGACGUGCCAACGCGUUCGCGACAGAUCAUCGAUCUCUGUAGAUCCGUAGGAAGCAUUGUUCGUUCCGUAGAUCCCUUUAGAACACGUUGAAACAGGAGUCUCUAUUCAUUCCUAGUGUCCUCCGGGUCUAACCGAAGAGUAUAAGAACUGUUUGAUUGGAUGCCCUGUUUGAACUACCACAAAGUGCUGCCUGUAAGGACCCUGCUCUGAAUUCAAAGAAGAAAGUUGUACGCCAAAUCACAGACUCCUUAGAGUUUGGCAAGGAACUGAAGAGGCUGCACCUUCUUCAAGAAGAGAAUCUUCAGAAGACUGCAAGUGGCUUAUUGAACAUCCUUGUUGACACUGGGUCAGCUAAUAUCUGGAUAAAGAAGUUCCUUCAAGAACAGUUAACUCUCGUCUAAAAUAGUUUCAGCAAAGAAUUAUCGAGUAAACUUAAUGUCAAAAAGACUGCCAGCGAGGUAACUGAAGAGGAUUCGAUAGAAAAACAAAUAAAGGACUAUAAAUGGCUGUUUAAACGUUUCUGCGAGCAUAAAGGUAUCAGGUUUCUCUAGUCUGUUCAACAGUUAUUGAGUAUAUCAGUUGGACUCGUUGAGCAAAUGGUUCAAUGGGCGGUGGAAAUUUGUCAAGAAGGUAAACGACGGUGGAACGCUGGAUUAUCCCGGUUCGCUAAAAGCUAGGCGAGCUGACGGAGAGCCGAGCGCGGCCCGCGUCACGCGGACAAUCCAAUCCGAUUAACGCUGUUUGCUUUCGCAGCAUCGAAGCAACGUCGAUUGAGCCGGAAAAGCAGAAAAGCCUUCAGGUGACGUCACGGGCUCUGAUCGCAACGAUAGCCGACACUUGAUCCAUCAAGAUAACAAAACUUCUGAACGAUUAGAGGAGCCUUGCGUUCCUCAAAGAAAGAAACAAACAGAUUGGCGAGGUGUUUCUGUUCGCGAACGAGAUCAAAAUCAAAACAGACUGCUCGAGAUCGAGCAAGGUUGUUGAAAAGAUUAUUUGUUUAUUUAUUUAUCUCCAAGACUGUUUUGUAUACACUUAAGCUAAUAAUAUUGAUUGAACUGCGUAUUUUGUUAUUGAUAGGUGUGUGUGUGAUUGUAAAGUGUUCAUUGUGUCAGCUAAAAACUCGGAGUAAACCGCAGAGCACAAAAGAUAAUUGAAGGAAACAUUGAGCUGGAAUAGUUGAAUCCUUCAGGGAGCUAAGGUUUUAAAAAGUACUUUCAACUGCAAUUAGCUGCAAUUUAAAUUCUUCAAAGCGAAGGGCACUAAGGAAUACUUUGAGCCACAAAUUGGAUCCUUUAAAGGAGCAUAGGAGAGUUGAAAAAAAAAAUACUUUAACCAGUAAAUUGGAUUUUUUAAUGUCAACCAUAUUGAAGGCACUCAGGGAUUCUUCAUCAACUGUUUCAAAGCAAAAGAAUACUUAAAACUGCAAAUUGGAUUCCCUGAUGCAGCUACCAAAUACUGGAGGUUUGGAAAAGAUAUUUUGAAUGAAACUUCCUUGAAUUGCACUUUGCAGAUAUUUGAAUGAACUACUUAAAGAGCAAGGGUGGCCAAAGUAAAUUGGAUUUUUGAAAGUCAACCAUAUUAAAGGCACUCAGGGAUUCUUCAUCAACUGUUUCAAAGCAAAAGAAUACUUAAAGCUGCAAAUUGGAUUCCCUGAUGCAGCUACCAAAUACUGGAGGUUUGGAAAAGAUAUUUUGAAUGAAACUUCCUUGAAUUGCACUUUGCAGAUAUUUGAAUGAACCACUUAAAGAGCAAGGGUGGCCAAAGUAAAUUGGAUUUUUGAAAGUCAACCAUAUUAAAGGCACUCAGGGAUUCUUCAUCAACUGUUUCAAAGCAAAAGAAUACUCAAAGCUGCAAAUUGGAUUCUCUAAUGCAGCUACCAAAUACUGGAGGUUAGGAAAAGAUAUUUUGAAUGAAACUUCCUUGAAUUGCACUUUGCAGAUAUUUGAAUGAACUACUUAAAGAGCAAGGGUGGCCAAAGUAAAUUGGAUUUUUGAAAGUCAACCAUAUUAAAGGCACUCAGGGAUUCUUCAUCAACUGUUUCAAAGCAAAAGAAUACUCAAAGCUGCAAAUUGGAUUCUCUAAUGCAGCUACCAAAUACUGGAGGUUAGGAAAAGAUAUUUUGAAUCAAACUCCCUUGAAUUGCACUUUGCAGAUAUUUGAAUUAACCACUUAAAGAGCAAGGGUGGGGUAGUUUCUUUUGAAAUAGUGCAUCGACAACAACCGGUGGACUGUGUUGUUAAAAUUGAAGCAAGUUUACGAGCAAGCGGAAAUAGCGACGAUCAGAGGUGGAGAAACGACAGAGAGCCUCGCGUUCCUCUUCUUUGUGACCGAUACGCUUGCGAGCGCGUGUAAACAGGUGUCACCGAGCGUUCCGUCGUCGCUUUUACGGACUUUUGAAGAAGCAUUACCGAACGAGCGCUGAACGACUUCACACUCGUUGCCAAGAGAUUUUUACUGUCCAUGGGAACUGCAAGCUGCAUGGGAGAUUUUCUGGAACCUCUCUAAACGACCAUUACCAUUAAUGGAUGCGGACGGUUAAUUUCCAUAUAAAGGUCGCCGGUCACAGCUCGCUAAUCCAAUCAAUUCUUCAAUGGAAAUCCUAUCCCAGAUUUUAAUCCCUUAUCUCACAUACCACAGCAUCCAAAGCAAAUAUCCAGUGUUGGGCACACCAGAAACUCCCUCUGAUAACAAAACAAUUCACCUACACUCCACCCACAUCUCUCCACUGAAAUAAACUAACAAGAAUCUACCGACAAGUUCUUCCAACAUUUUCUUACUUCAGAAGGGAAUUAAAAGGACGAAGGAGUGUUUAUCCCCACGGUUGCCCUAUAAAUUGAGGUGAAUUAAAAAGGGAAAGGAUCUCGUGUUUGGAGAAAAUUUCAAACGUUAACACGGAACAGAGAAUUUUUUCAAAGGUGGAUCGACAAAGUGACAAAAUGGACUUAUACAAGGAUUUCGAUAUCACCAAUUUAACCAACCAGGAUAUCCAGAAACGGAUUCUGAAAAUAAAAGCAGAUCAGUGCCACAAAGGAAACAUUUCAAUGCCGGGAUGGUGUCCAGAGAUAUGGGAUGAAAUAUUGUGCUGGCCAUCGACUGCGCCUGGAGAUCUGGCUAUUUUAUCAUGUCCAUCGUACGUUGCUGGAUUCGAAUUCCAGGCCAACGCGUCCAAACAGUGCAUGCCUGAUGGCCAGUGGUUUUGGAACAACGGGACCAACAGCCUCUGGAGCAAUUACAGCCAGUGUUAUCGAAAUCCAUUAGUAACUCUGGUGAUGAAGCUGCCCGGUGGUCAAGAGAACAACGAUACCCUUAUCAAGAAAUUUGUCCCAAUAGUGAAGACCAUUUCCAAAGUUGGCUACACGGUUUCCUUUUUCACCCUGGUGGUCGCCUUUUUCAUUCUGGCAGUGAUCAAGAAAUUGAGGUGUCCUCGUAACAUGCUGCACAUGCACCUUUUCGCCUCGUUCAUGCUGAGGGCGUUCAUGGCACUGCUGAAGGACAUCCUGUUCGUUUCCGGGAUCGCUCUCGCCUCGGACCUGAUGAUCAUAAACGGGGAAACCUACUGGCUGGUCGCCGAGGAAAGCACGUGGAUGUGCAAAGUGUUCAUCAGCUUCUGGCAGUAUUUCAUCCUGGCCAACUACUUCUGGAUAUUAAUGGAGGGGCUGUAUUUGCACAACUUGGUGUUCUUUGCACUCUUCACCGAUGUGAACUCAAGCAUCAUUGGCUAUGUGUGCCUUGGAUGGGGUCUGCCAGCUAUGUUCGUGUCCUGCUGGAUCGUCGCAAGAGUAAUGCUCGACAACAGUUAUUGUUGGACCACCCACGAGUAUCCUUACCUCUUUCUUUUGAUUCGAGUGCCUACCACGUUGUCCAUCCUGAUCAACUUCGUGCUCUUUGUGAACAUAGUCAGAGUCCUUCUACUGAAGCUGAAAUCCACGGUUUCCGAGGAAACACAGAGAUACAAGAGAUGGGCAAAAAGUACCUUGGUGUUGGUGCCACUCUUCGGCGUCCAUUACACACUGUUCCUGGGGAUGUCGUACAGUAUCGGUAUGAACGAGACUGUGGAAGUUGUGUGGCUGUUCUGCGACCAAUUAUUCGCAUCUUUCCAGGGCUUUUUCGUAGCUGUGCUGUACUGUUUCCUGAACGGGGAAGUGCGAACCGAGGUGUCCAGGGCGAUCAGAAGCCAAAGAUUACCCCGCGUCCGCGGCAGGUGGAUCUCCAGACGGUUCGCCCACUCGGGAAGUACUUAUAGCUGUAACGGUUCGAAACUUGGCAAACGUUCGAAGCAACCGCGUUGGUGGAAAGACCCGUGGCUCUGUUUCCUUCACGACAGGACCGCUCGGCGAUCAACUCACUCGAUGGCGAGUACACAAGAUAUUGGUACGCGAGGAGGUAGUCUAGCGAGCAGCAGGGGUUAUCUGGAGAUCGCCGGGAACGCGCAGGGUGCACAUCCGGGAAAUGAAAGUCAACAACGAGCGAAUCACACGUCACCUUUGUACAGCAAAUACACAGAUCAAUCGUUACUAUCCUUUUGCUCCAACGUUUCAGAGGCAACACCGUGUACAGGUUCGAACGUGGAGAGGUUCGUACGAGACCAGCAUCGUUGGAGCGACUCAGAGUGCUGUCACCUUGCCUACGAGUUGCACAAUUUGCAUCAUGGCCCCCCAUGAAAUUACCCCCGUCGCAGGGGCAAAAUGAUUAACAAGAGUUUUUGAUGGAAACACCUACCACUUGGUUACCCAAUUCAUUGAAAAUAGUGCAGAGACUAUGAAAUUUCAGGAAAAGGAUGUUUCAAUUAUAGCACUGCUCAAAAGUUUCAUUGAUCAAUAUGAAUGUGGGUUAAUUACCUGAUUAAUUUAUCUAAUUGAUCUAAACUUAGAUCACGUAUCUACUGAAUCUGAAUUUAAAUGAAUCACCUGACUGUGUGAUUUAAAUUUAUGUUAAUUACACGACUACUUAAUCUACAGUAAGAUGGAUUACCUGGCUAGUUUAAUUCAUCUAAAUUCAAAUGAAUCGCCUGACUAUCAGAUCAAUCUAAAAUCAGAUGAAUUACCUGACUACUUAAUUAGUUAUUGAUCAGGUACAAUACGCAUUCGUGAAAGGGCAGAACUCGUGUUACUCGUGACCAUCAGUUCAUUAUCCUCCGUCGUUGAAUACUAAUUAACAGAGAGCAUGAAUAAUACCAUGAACCAGGGGUGGGCAAUUGUUUUAGCUCGGGGGCCACUUUGGGGAGACGGAGGUUAGCGGAGGGCCACACUUUUUAAAAUAAUUUCAUUCAUUAGUUAACUUUGCAUUUUAGAAGGGUAUAAAUUCUACCAUAAAAAUCAAUAAAUAUGAAUUAACCCAUUAUCCACCAAUGUCCCAUUUUUGGGACACAUUUUCAAAUUUUUUUUUAUUUAGAAGUUGCAGUUAUUAAAAGAAAAAAAUUUGAAAAUGUAUCCCAAAAAUGGGACAUUGGCGGAUAAUGGGUUAAAUAAAAUAGUGGCAGUUUUAUUGGAAAUCUCGGUUCAAUGCGGAUUUUUCUGUCUUGGCGGGGCACAAAAAAACCCUUAGCGCACCGCUAUUUGCCCACCCUUGCCAAUAGCAUAAACGGUUCUUCUUUUAUACCAAAACAAUUGCAAUCGUGUUUGCAAUUAAGAAUCCUGUCAGCGUGUCAUCCGUUUAUUUUUCUACUCAAUUUCUCGAAUCCUGAAACAUUGUACUGGAACCCGCUAAUCCGGAUGUUCAUUAAUUAAUCCAUCCAGAUUAACUGGUUCCAUUCGCGUUUUUAUAUUUCUAAAAAAAAAAAACUAUGUACCUCAAAAGGAUCUCGUUUUUAUGACGUCCUUUAUUGCCCUCACUAAUUAGUCCUAAAAUAGUAACAUAACUUUUUGUAUGUACGUAAAUAUCAACAUGGCGUCGUAUGAUGUAUUAAGUAUUUAUUUGGUGUAAUAUAUUAUCCUUUAUCAUACGUCUGUCACUAACGCCUAGUUACUAUUCUAGGAUUAAAAUUUCUCUGGCAUUUUAAUUUUUCGAGAAAAGGGCAGUUAGGGAAUCCGAUGAUCUAGUUACCUGAUGGUCCGAAUUACAAUACCAUAAUCGAGCCGAGAACUCGUUAAAUCGUAGUUAAUUUAUAUAUAUAGAUAUUUUUUUCUCGCAAGAAAAUUAGCGUUAAUCCCGUUAAUCCGAAUCGCAUCCAAUUAGUUUGGAUUAACGGGGUCGCGUUGCGCAUCGUUUAUCUCUUUGUACGAGAAUAAUUGCAUUAUCGAUCGCGUCGUACGUGUCGCGUUUAUGCUGUAAAUUUCAAGCAAAUGUAUGUUUCUAUAUACGUGUGGCGUGAAUGAGAUGGCUCGAGGGUGAAAGAAAUAUUCUGUCGAGGUGGAUGUCCACUCGAGUUUGAAACUCGCGCCAGAAGCUCUCGACAGUCACUCGACAGUAUUCAGCUUACUCUCGAGUGGACACCCACCCUUAGGCUUCCUUUUUAUCGAGAGGGAGUGUUGCCUUAAUUGAUCCCUAACCUAGGGGUGGUAGGAUCUGUCUAUAUAGUCGCUUCCAAGAUUAAAGACAAACAGUGGAUAACCCCUCCUCCCAAUUAUUCUUAACCCAAAGAAGCUUACUUUGCAUCCGAGUGCAUUUUAUAGCAGUCGACGUGUUAAUAAUAAUAAUUUAAAUAAUAAGUAUCAGUGAUCGCGUGGAAUGUUCUUGCGUGGAUUCGUCGUCAAUUAAAUACAUAACUGUCGCAUAACAAAAAUGAUAAUGUAACGUACAAACGACACGUGUAUUAUUUAUUAUAGGAAAUUAGAAAGAAAAUGACGGUCGCAUGUGUUUGAUGUGAAACUUGAAAUAAAAAAAAAAAA